AAAUAUAUGCUCCGUAGUCCGUAUAUAACAUACUCCGUAUAUCGAUAGAUUCAGGCACAUAUAUAGGCAGGCAUAGUUUAUACAAGGAGUACGUUAGUCUGUUCCUGCUAUUGAGUUCUGGACUGUGUCAGAGAGAUGGAUGCCUAUGCUGUGCAUCUGGCCAUGGCGGCACUGGUGGGAGCGUCAGUGGUCGCGGUGUCCGCGUUCUAUAUGCACCGGAAAACCCUAAAUCAACUACUGGAGUUCGCGAAGACCAUGGAGAGGGAUGCCGACUCAAAGCACGGCUCCUCAGAGAGGCGGCCCGGUCGUGUCAGGCGUAAAGGGAAAGCGAAUCACUGCCGCGCGCCCGCCUCAUUGCCGGAUGUCACCGUGAUCUCUGGCUCCGGUGGCUGCGAAGUGGAUGAUGGGAGGAAUGCCCACUCUCUUGUGGAUACUAUACCUGUUGGCUUGCCACCCCUUCACACCCGUCCUGAAGGGAAUUCUGGUCACGUGGGUUCAUAUAAAAGAGCUGGACACCCUCUUCGACCUACUUCUCCUAGGUCUCCAGUUGCUAGUGUUAGUGCAUUUGAAAGUGUUGAAGGAUCUGAUGAGGAAGAUAAUCUGACGGAGAACACAAAACUCGAUACUAUCUAUCUUCACACUAACGGAGAUGCGGGACCAGAGUGUGAAGGGAUGUACCAGAAUAUGCCUGACCAUGUCAAUGGGGAACAAGUAUCUUUACCUGCACCAAGUAUGAUUCGCUCCCAUAGCGUGUCUGGUGACCUACAUGGCGUUCAACCUGACCCUAUAGCUGCAGAUAUACUGAGGAAGGAGCCCGAGCAAGAAACUUUUGUGCGAUUGAGAAUUUCUCCAAUGGAGACACCAUCUCCUGAUGAAUGUGAUGUUUACUGGAAUCUACAAGAGUGUCUUAAAAAGAGACAGAGUUAUGUAUUUAGGGAGCGUGUAACUCCUUGGGAAAAGGAAAUAAUAUCUGAUCCCGGUACACCAAGGCCUAACCCGAAUCCUUUUUACUACAUACCAGAGGGUAAAUCUGAUCAUUAUUUUCAGAUGGAAGACGGAGUGGUCCAUGUUUAUCCAAAUAAAGAUUCAAAGGAGAAGCUUUUCCCUGUUGCCGAUGCAACAACUUUCUUCACUGACCUGCACCAUAUACUUAAAGUCAUAGCAGCUGGGAACAUUCGAACUCUCUGCCACCAUCGUCUAGUACUUUUAGAACAAAAAUUCAACCUUCACUUAAUGCUUAAUGCGGAUAGAGAAUUUCUAGCUCAGAAAAGUGCACCACAUCGUGAUUUCUAUAAUGUCAGAAAGGUUGAUACUCAUGUUCAUCAUUCAGCAUGCAUGAACCAGAAACAUCUACUGAGAUUUAUAAAGUCAAAGCUAAGGAAAGAGCCGGAUGAGGUUGUUAUAUUUCGUGAUGGGACAUAUAUGACCUUAAAGGAGGUGUUUGAGAGCUUGGAUUUGACUGGGUAUGACCUGAAUGUUGACCUAUUGGAUGUCCAUGCUGACAAGAGUACCUUCCACCGUUUUGACAAAUUUAAUUUGAAGUAUAACCCUUGUGGUCAAAGUAGGCUCAGGGAGAUUUUUCUGAAGCAGGAUAAUCUUAUCCAGGGCCGCUUUCUUGGUGAAUUGACAAAGCAAGUAUUUUCAGAUCUUGAAGCAAGUAAAUACCAGAUGGCUGAAUACAGAAUAUCAAUAUAUGGUAGGAAGAUGAGUGAGUGGGACCAGUUAGCAAGCUGGAUUGUGAACAACGAGCUUUAUAGUGAGAAUGUUGUUUGGUUGAUACAACUUCCCAGACUCUACAAUGUGUACAAGGAGAUGGGCAUUGUGACUUCGUUUCAGAACAUUCUCGACAAUAUCUUUCUCCCUUUAUUUGAAGUUACUGUAGAUCCUGAUUCACAUCCUCAGUUGCACCUAUUUUUGAAAAAGGUAGUUGGAUUAGAUUUGGUAGAUGAUGAAAGCAAGCCAGAAAGAAGGCCAACAAAACACAUGCCAACACCAUCUCAGUGGACCAACAUUUUCAAUCCUGCGUAUUCGUACUACGUGUACUAUUGUUAUGCUAAUCUUUAUACCCUUAAUAAGCUGCGUGAAUCGAAGGGCAUGUCAGUUAUCAAAUUCCGCCCUCAUUCUGGAGAGGCCGGUGACAUUGAUCACCUUGCUGCUACAUUUCUUACUACACACAACAUUGCUCACGGAAUCAAUUUGAGAAAAUCUCCUGUGCUUCAGUACCUGUACUAUCUAGCCCAGAUUGGAUUGGCAAUGUCUCCUCUAAGUAAUAACUCUCUAUUCUUGGACUAUCACCGUAACCCUUUUCCCAUGUUCUUUAUGCGGGGUCUCAAUGUUUCUCUCUCAACGGAUGAUCCAUUACAAAUCCACUUAACAAAAGAGCCAUUGGUGGAGGAGUAUAGUAUAGCUGCUUCAGUUUGGAAGUUGACUUCAUGUGAUCUAUGUGAGAUUGCCCGCAAUUCAGUCUACCAAUCCGGUUUCUCACAUGCUCUCAAGUCCCACUGGAUCGGGAAGGAGUACUUCAAGAGAGGCCCAGAUGGAAACGAUAUCCACAGGACAAAUGUGCCACACAUCCGACUGGAAUUCAGAGAAAUGAUAUGGAGGGAGGAGAUGCAACAGGUUUAUCUUGGCAAGGCUGAGUUUCCUGAAUAUAUUGACCCAUGACGUGCUCGGUAAAUGCAUUUUGCAGGCUUGUGUAUAAGCUGUAUCCAGAGGGUAGUAGUCUAGUAGCCGGUAAUUGGUCCCGGUUCGCCAAGGGACUCUGCUGACACGUGCAACCCAGUGAAAGAUUUUGGACAUUUUUGGUGUAUGGGACCCCCAAUAACCUCAAAUGGCCAUGUAUAUCAUCAUUUCUAGUGAAGGUUCUGUUAUACGGAUGAAGCACUAGGAUUGGGGCUUAUUAGUGCUGCAGUAUGAUUAUAAAUUAUGUUACGGAGUAAUGAUCACAGCACCAAGGGGAAUUGGCUCCUAACAUUUGAUGAGGACAAAUUUUGUUACUAGCGGCAAUUAAUGACAUUUCAAGUGCCUAAUUAAUGACAUUUCAGGUGCCUUGAGGAACCUAGCAUUUUGUUGUCUAUUUUUAAGAGUAAAUUCUAUAAAUAGUC